AUGUUAAUACCACCCGGCGCGGCCCUUUUCUGCUACUGCUGCUGCGGGCUGCUCCGUCCGAGACAGAUGUUGCGAAACCAAGGCCUCCUCAAGUGCCGCUGCCGCAUGCUCUUCAAUGACCUGAAGGUCUUCCUGCUGCGGAGACCCCCCGCGCCGCCGCCGCCGCCGCCCUCGCCGCCGCCGCCGCUCCCCAUGCCCGGCGGCGCAGAGGCGGCGGCGGGCGGCCCGGCGGGGGCCGGCGGCGCCGCGGCGCCCGGGGGGCGCGGGCCCGGCUGGCGGGCGGCGGCGGGCGGCGGCGCGGGCAGCCCCGCCGCCGAGGAGUGGGGCAGCCCCGCCGGGGAGCCGCCCGCCUCGCUGCCUAGCAGCACCUCCUCGGACGACUUCGCCAAAGGCAAGGCCGAGGACCGCUACUCGCUGGGCAGCAGCGUCGACAGCGGCAUCCGCACCCCGCUCUGCAGGAUCUGCUUCCAGGGGCCCGAGCAGGGGGAGUUGUUGAGCCCAUGUCGAUGCGAUGGAUCAGUGAAAUGCACGCACCAGCCAUGUCUGAUCAAAUGGAUUAGUGAGAGAGGCUGCUGGAGCUGUGAGCUGUGUUACUACAAGUAUCACGUCAUUGCCAUAAGCACAAAGAACCCUCUGCAGGUAAAGUGGCAGGCCAUCUCUCUGACAGUCAUUGAGAAGGUUCAGAUAGCAGCGGCCAUCUUGGGUUCCCUCUUCCUCAUCGCCAGUAUCUCGUGGCUCAUCUGGUCGACCUUCAGUCCUUCGGCCAAAUGGCAGCGCCAGGACCUGCUCUUCCAGAUCUGCUAUGGAAUGUAUGGCUUCAUGGACAUUGUCUGUAUAGGUCUAAUAAUACACGAAGGGCCCUCGGUUUACCGGAUUUUUAAACGGUGGCAGGCGGUCAAUCAGCAGUGGAAAGUGCUGAACUAUGACAAAACAAAGGACAUGGAGGAACAAAAAACAGGGACCAGGACAAAUCAGCGCCCCUCCUCCCAAACCACCCACUCGUCCUCCACUGGUGGUACAGCCACUAACUCCGCUCCAGCCGACAGCGGGGCCCGGGCUGCCGGCCAUGCCACAGGCACCCUCUCUGACCACCACUGUGCUUAUACCAUCCUGCAUAUACUCAGCCACCUGAGGCCUCACGAACAGAGGAGCCAGUCUAGUAGUAACAGAGAGCUCGUCAUGAGGGUCACGACGGUCUGAGCCUAGGAAUUCAGGAGGCCUUAACACGAAGCGGAGGAGACAAAGAACUCAUAAAGCAGAGGAGCAUGGUGUGCCUUUUUCUUUCUCUUUCUUUUUUUUUUCUUCUUCUUUUCUUUUUUGGUAACUGCACAAGAUGUAAGAGGCGGCACUUGGCCAGCUGAGGAAAAAACAGGUGGAGGGAGAGCUGCACACUCAUGCUAAAGAGGUUAAUGUUUUCCAGCCAGUAAAAAAAAUACAAAUCACAAAAAAACCAACAAAACAAGUGCAAUACAGACUAAAAACUGAGCAGGCAGAGUUCUGGGGAAGCAGAGGAACAGAUGGUUUAGCAUGUCUUUCAAAUUCUCUUACCUGGAAUAGGUAAUGCUGUAUACACACACCCCGUACACACACACACACGCACACACACACAAGUGUGAGAUUUAUAAAAACAAUGAAGGGAAUGAAAUAUUUGGGGUAUUUUUUUCCAGACUGUGGUUAACCAGGGCUAUGAGUCGUUUUGUUUCAUGAGUCAUUCUGGAACCUUGUUCGAUUUACCAUAGGAUAUUUGAAGUGAAAUGGCUGGGGAUUUUUCAGUAUUGAUUUACCCCCCCAAAAAAAAAGAAAAGAAAAGAAAAGGAAAAGAAUUGAAUCACCUCACCAAGAAAAUUUAACAAAACCCAAGCCUACCCAGAUUUUGCCAAAACAAAAAUUCUGAUUUUUUGUAAUGUUCUUGACAAAGGGUUUGUGAGGGUGGAGUUGCAGGGGGUGAGGGUGGGGGGUGGCCUUCCAUGACCUUUAUUUGACAUAUAGACAUUUCUGGCAAAUUUGUAGAAACGCUCUGCAGGUGUUUCAAGCACAAGUACUGGCAUGAUUUAUGCCUUCAUAACCCCAAAUCCAGCAUCCAACUCUUCCCACUCACACACAUCAUUUUCGAUACAUACGUUCCAGGUUAAUUUCCUUCCAUUUUUCUCCAGUCACAAGAAGGUGACCCACCUCAGUGGGUUGCUUCUAUCUUGCUGAUUCAGACACCCAUACAUUAGAAACAUACAUCAUUUUGGUGUGUGUAUCUCUGCUGCUCAGUUUGCAACAGGGUCUCACUCAGUCCUGUAGGCUGAGCCUUCUGCGUCCAGUUUGUUAGUUUAUUCUGGAGUCUAUUCCAUUCAAUCAUUCAACAGAGAGUUAGUCUGAAGAGGGAGCACAGUUGGUGACUGAAUAUAUUACGCUUCUAGUAAGUCUCCUUUUCUGGGAUAUAUCUACAAAGGUACUGGUUGCUCUUCAGGAACAUUCUCUUUCAAUGCACAAUGGCUGAAUCAUUUGUGGAUAUUAAAGGGACACUGUCAAGUACUUUUUAAAUAGUUUUUAGGAUUUGGGCUUUUUUUACUCUCCAUUGUUUGUAAUAUUCUCUUACAAGCUUGAAAAUAAAAUUUCUUUCCCUACUGAUUUUGUCCUUUUCCAUUUGGGCAUGUACUGUUCUCUCCACUCACCCCAUUCCUUUCACCAUCCCCACCGUUCUGCUGCGACAAGAAGUCGAGUGUGGUUCCAUGUUACCGAUCUCAUGCUCGCUGUCCUCGCACCAUGCAGGGUAUGUCCCAGCUCUAAGGGGUUGAGCUUGCUAGCGUAACUGCCACAAAGGAAGCGUACAAGUAGAAACAUUAAAAAUACAGAGAUUAGCCAAUUCAGGAGCAACAGCUCAGCAAUUCUAAAACAAUGGGCUUACAGCGAUCAAGCCUGAACUCAGCCCCAAAAAAAUUAAUUUAAGGGCUUUAGCCAAAUGGUAUGCAUUUUGCAGAACUGCUGAGCAAUGUUGCACAAUGGCUGUGUCUGACUGCCCUUUUGUCACUACACCAGCACCUCUCACAGUUCUACUAGAGCCAGGGCAGAUGUGAGUCACCAGCUCCUUUGGCAGCUAGGCCGUCAUGCGUCAGGUGUUUCUGGACUGGGGAAGAUGUCAGACUUUAAGUUCCAUGUUUGAAAAUAUCAGUCAUUCUGCACAUAGAAGAGGGAGGUUAGCAUCUUAAGGCAGGUCAUAUUUUCCACCUCAAUUACUUGACAGUGUCCCUUUGAAUAUCUGAAUACAACAGAACAGGUACUUCUCUGGCAGAGAAUGUGGGAGAUGAAACACCAGCCAAGAAAGCUGACUUACUGAGGAUCCAUGUGAACAGCAUGGUUUCUGAGACCACUGUACCUUUAUCUGACCAAUCUUACUAUCUACCAAAGACUGCUUUUGGCUGAGGGGAGGGAAGGGAUAUUGGUGGGAGGAGGGAGAGGGAAGGGGCAAUUCUGAUCAUCUCUAAAAGCAGCUACCCCCAAAACCAAGGUGUUGGAACAAACAGGUCUCUGGAAGAACCGCUUCUGCUCCACGAUAGAGAGAAACCCAGUCAAGGCGAGCAAAUACAGCAGCCUCUCACCCCCACGCCUGUCCUGGAAGUUCUCCUUGUUCCAAGAGAUGGGUAAUUGUGGUGGUUUUGGGAAGGGGGGGCAUACACAGCAGAAGAAAUAGCUGUGAGAUGUAAUGUUAUUUCCUUCCCAGUCUUGUAUUCAUUUAAUAUGGAGAAGUCAAAUUCCUGUAAUUUGACUAAAGGCUAAAAGUUUAUAAGGUCAGAAGCACAAAUUGCCAUCUAAGAGUGGCGUGAUCUAGUAAUCUGAGCACACAGGACUCUGCAUACUCUCACUCCAGCUCUGCCACCAACUCUGUAGCCUUGGGCUGUUUGGCUCAGUCCCCCAUCCACACAAAGGGGGAAUAACAAUACGUACCUACCUCACAGGGGUGUUGUGAGAAUCCACAUUCGUAAAGCCUGUUGAAGUGCUAAGUCUCGUGUGCGUACCACAGGUAGCCACGAAGUGCGUGGUGGGGGUGAGUGGUGCUGCCCUUUUGCUGGUUAUAGUCUGAAUCACUCAGCGAGGGCUCCAUGGGACCUCUCCUGCUCAGAAAUCCUCCUUGACCCAAAGGGGAGGGUGUCAUCUGAGUCCCCUCUCCUCCAUCGCAUGACAUUUUAAGCAGCUAUGAGGUGCAGGGUAGUGACAGACAUGAAGUCCUACUUGACCAGGGAUUUGCUACAACAUUUUCUAUAUCUGUGGGGUUUGUUGGUUUGUUUUUUCCAUAUAUUGCGCUUAGAAAUAAACUUUCCACUUAGGGCUGGUGGUUCGGGGUCUCUUCUGUUGCAUGGCAAUGUAUACAAGUCUUAUUGUCUGUCUUACUGUGCAAAUGAUCCCACAGCCCCAUUUCAGAGAUGGGUAUGGUCUGAGCCUUUUCAUAUUGGCAUAAGACUCAAAAGCCUGUCUGGAUUGUUUAAUAUUUAAACAACACUAUGAACUUGUCAAUUGUAAGUGUUCUGUGCAAUACGAAGCAUGUCAUUACCUGGCUUGAUGGGCAGAGGGGCAAAACUUGUUCAAAGAGCUUCAUACACAUGCCAGCUUGGAGCCGAAAGGCUGCCACCAGCAAAGCAAACUUGGGGAAGCCAUUGGAAACUGUUUUCAAAUCAGUUUAUUCCAGAACAAGGUGCUUCUGAGUUUAUGAACUUCUAGGCUGUCAGCCUGAGAGAACAA